AUGGACCCAGUCGACAUUCUCAAGACGGGUAGAGCGCGUGGUAGGGGUCCGGGCCAGACCACACCUUCAAAUGGCCUGCUUCAACCGCCGCAGAUCAAUCACGAUGAAUUUCAAGAGAUACAACUCUUCCAGCCUCUGGAUCAACAACACUUGAAUCUCUGUCAAUUUAGAUCAUCAAGCAGUAGUGAUUCAUUGGCGUCCUAUCUGAAUCCAUUCGAUGGCGUGCCCUCAGGCUCGUCACUUGAUCCGUCAAGCAGCACUUUCAGCGCAAGAGGUUGGCUCUGCAACCUCGUCGGCUUCAUCGCAAAAGACCCAGAAAGAUACUCAUAUCAGUCCGGCAAUAUUGGUGUCUCAUUCGCAAACUUGGAUGUUUUCGGGUUCGGCAGUCCUACAGACUAUCAGAAAACUGUUGGCAAUAUCUGGCUCGAGGUUGGAAGGAUCUUUCGUUGUUGGAUGGACACCGGAAAACAGAAGGUCCAAAUUUUGAAAGGCUUUGAUGGAGUUCUAAAUAGAGGCGAGAUGUUAUUGGUAUUAGGCCGCCCUGGAAGUGGUUGUUCGACUCUAUUGAAAACAAUCUCAGGGGACACUUUGGGUUUCUUCGUGGACAAGAACUCGAGAAUCAAUUAUCAAGGCGUGCCAGCCCACCAGAUGCACCGGCAAUUCCGAGGCGAGACCAUCUACAUGGCCGAGAACGACGUACAUUUCCCUCAACUGACUGUCGGACAAACCCUGAACUUCGCUGCCAAAGCUCGAGCUCCUCGGGAUUUCACGUUUCCCGGAAUCACUAGAACAAAAUAUGCCGAGUGCAUGGUAGAAGUUACCAUGGCUACCUUUGGGCUGCGGCAUACUGUCAAUAGCAAGGUCGGAUUGAUCAGCGGAGGCGAGAGGAAGCGAGUAAGUAUUGCAGAGGCGACAUUGAGUGGUAGCCCGUUGCAGUGCUGGGAUAAUAGCACAAGAGGAUUGGAUAGUGCAAAUGCACUCGAGUUUUGUAGGAACUUGAGACUUUCUGCCGAUAUGGCUGGCGCAACAAUACUUGUGUCGCUGUACCAAGGUUCUCAAAAUACUUAUGAUGUGUUCGACAAAGUCACAGUUCUUUAUGAAGGUCGUCAAAUCUACUUUGGGCCCUGCCAUGAAGCCAAAGCAUACUUCAUCAAUCUAGGAUUCGAGUGUGCUCCAAGACAAACAACAGCUGAUUUCUUGACUUCACUUACGAGCCCUUCCGAGCGACGUAUCAGACCCGACUUUGAAGCAAGGACGCCUCGGACUGCUGAGGAGUUUGUUAUCAUAUGGAAAAGGAGCAAUGCAUAUGCUAAACUGCGACACGAGAUACGUGAAUAUGAAGCAAGGUAUCCCCUUGGUGGGAAGUCUGUCAACGACUUCACUGCAGCAAGGAGGGCCCGGCAAGCCAAGUACCAGCGUGUAGGAUCUCCUUAUACACUGUCGAUAUCCCAGCAGAUCAGUAUAUGUGUAGAACGUGGCUUCCAAAGGUUGAAGGGAGAUGCAAGUGUCACCAUCUCAAACGUCAUCGCGAACAGCAUCUUAGCUCUGAUCGUUGGGAGCAUAUUUUAUAACCUCGAAGACAAUACCGGGAGCUUUUACAGCAGAUCAGUGUUGAUAUUCUUUGCGAUUCUACUUAACGCAUUUGCUAGUGCGCUCGAGAUUAUCAUUUUAUACGACCAGCGGCCAAUAACUGAGAAGCACGCCAGAUACGCCCUCUGCCACCCCUUCACCGAGGCUGCUGCAAGCGCCAUCGUCGACUUGCCAUUCAAGGUCGCCAACAGUAUCUCCUUCAACAUUGUUCUAUACUUUAUGACAAAUUUGAGGAGAACCUCUGGGGCCUUCUUUACUUUCUUGCUCUUCUCUUUCUGCAUCACACUGUCGCUCUCAAUGGUGUUCCGAACCAUUGGUGCAAGCUCUCGAACCCUGGCUCAAGCUCUUGCCCCUGCUGCUAUUUUCAUAUUGUCGUUGAUGGUCUACACAGGUUUUGUCAUUCCGAUUAAUGACAUGGUUCCAUGGUUCCGAUGGAUCAAUAAUAUCGAUCCUAUUGCGUAUGCCUAUGAGAGUCUCAUGAUCAACGAGUUUGACGGUCGAGAAUUUCCCUGCUCAACCUUUGUACCUAGUGGACCAGAGUACUCUGAUGUUGGCCGCUUCGAUCACACUUGUGCUGUCGUGGGUGCCGUUCCGGGCUUCAAUGUAGUUUCUGGCUCCGAGUAUCUUAGACUCAGCUUUAACUAUGAGCGUUCACACCUGUGGAGAAACAUGUUUGUCAUUUUAUGCAUUUUCGUCUUCUUCACGGCGACGUACUUGCUUGCAACGGAAUUUAUAACUGCCAAGAAAUCCAAGGGAGAGGUUUUGCUCUUUCCACGCCAUCACCGACCACAGCUUCCUAAAGAAGAUGACCUGGAACAGUCUACGAUAUCUCAAAGAUCUUCUAAUCGUUACUCCAAUACAUCACGUCGUGUGUCUGCUGCUAUACAUAAACAGACUUCGGUCUUCCAUUGGAGGGACAUCUGCUAUGAUAUCAAGAUCAAGAAGGAAAACCGCAGAAUCCUUAAUCAUGUUGACGGGUGGGUCAAGCCGGGAUCUCUGACUGCGCUUAUGGGACCUUCUGGCGCUGGCAAGACUACACUUCUUGAUGUUCUUGCUACUCGAGACACUGUUGGUAUUGCAUCUGGGAGUGCUCUUGUGGAUGGUCACAAACGAGAUGUAUCAUUUCAGCGUAAGACUGGGUAUGCACAACAGCAAGAUUUCCAUUUGGAAACAAUGACUGUCCGUGAGGCACUUCGCUUCAACGCCCUAAUGUGUCAACCAAAGACGACCUCGAAGAAGGAUAAGCUCGCAUAUGUGGAGAAGGUUAUCAAGCUUCUAGGAAUGGAAUACUAUUCAAACGCUAUUGUUGGGGUUCCUGGCGAAGGUCUGAACAUCGAACAACGCAAGAAGCUGACAAUUGCUGUCGAACUCGCUGCACGACCGAAACUUCUGCUUUUCUUGGAUGAGCCGACUUCGGGUCUCGACAGUCAAACCUCCUGGGCCAUAUUGGAUCUACUUGAAAAAUUGACCCACCACGGUCAGGCCAUUCUUUGUACUAUUCAUCAGCCUUCGGCACUGCUCUUUCAAAGAUUUGAUCGACUUUUGCUUCUUGCUCCUGAUGGCAAACCAGUAUAUUUUGGGAAUAUUGGACCAAGCGCAGUCAUCGUCAUCGACUACUUCGAACGAAACGGCGCAAGCACAUGCCCACUUAACGCUAACCCGGCGGAUUGGAUCAUGGAGGUAUUGGGAUGUGCUCCAGGACAUCGCAGCAACAUUGAUUGGCAUGCCGUUUGGCAGAAGAGCCCGGAGUACGCACGAGUUCAUCACGAACUUGACGAGAUGGAGCUCCGACCUCGUGCAACUGAAACUGUUAGUGAUGUUGCGGACAUUAAAGAUUAUGAAGAGUUUGCAGCUCCUUUCUUCACACAACUUUGGGAAUGUUUCAAACGCGUCAAUUCUCAAUACUGGCGGACACCUUCCUAUAUCUAUUCUAAGGCAGCUUUGUCAAUUUUUGCCUCACUAUUUAUCGGCUUUUCCUUUUAUAUGGCCGACAACUCCCUUCAGGGAUUGCAAAAUCAAAUCUUUAGUAUAUUCAUGUUGUUAACCCAGUCCUCAAACCUUGUUCCACAAAUCCUCCCUAAUUUUGUUGCUCAGAGAUCUUUGUAUGAAGCCCGAGAACGCUCAGCAAAGACUUAUUCAUGGCAGGUCUUUCUUUUGUCAAAUAUCCUUGUGGAACUACCUUGGAACACAUUAAUGUCUCUUUUCAUUUUCGUCUGUUGGUAUUUCCCAGUCGGCCUGUAUCGCAACGCAGAUCUACCUCAUGCGAUGGCCCAAAACAGUGGAACUGUCUUGUUGUUGAUGUGGGUCUACAUGAUGUACAUGAGUACAUUUGCACAUAUGAUUCAAGCUGGGGUUGAGCUAGCAGGAAUGGCAGGAAACUACGCCAAUCUGCUGUUCAUGCUUACUCUUAUAUUUUGCGGCAUUCUUGUAAAACCAGACGCACUACCAGGUUUCUGGACGUUCAUGUAUCGGGUCUCUCCAUUCACCUACCUUGUUGGUGCUAUACUCUCGACAGGACUGGCGGGUGCUCAUGUUCGAUGUGCUGACAUUGAACUACUUCACUUCGACCCCACACCCGGCAAUACUUGCAAAGAGUACAUGAAAUCGUUCAUCCAAACCUCAAUGGGAUAUCUCACCAACCCGGACGCAACCGAAGCUUGUGCUUACUGUCCGCUCGAUACUGCGGAUGGGUUUUUGAGAUCUUUUGGAAUCAAGUAUGAAGAUCGUUGGCGUAACUUUGUCAUCAUGUGGGUAUUUGUUGCUGUUAAUAUCGCUGGCGCCUUCUUUUUCUAUUGGCUCGUUAGAGUUCCAAAGAAGAGUACACGAAUAGACACGCCUAAAGAUGGGCUCACGCAAAUAAAAUCGAUUACAGAAUUGGUUGAAGGACAAGAGAAAGAGUUAGAAAAGGCGCGUCGCAUGAGGGAGAUGUUAGAUGAGGGGAAGUGUAUUAGUUCUGCCCCGGUUUCGCGGGCUGGUCAGGCGGAUUGUGAGCUUUAA